GCGCAUCAUGCUUCCUGUCCCGUUCCGGGCAGGGUCCAGAGUCUGGCUUCUUUCCCGGACUCCCUGGUUGCGCGCCACCCCUAGCGCCGCAGAGGGAAAGGGUGUGCUUCCAUGUGGCAUACCUGUUCCAGGAAAAGAUGAGCAAAGACAUCUGUAUCCAUGCUUGGCCCUGCUCUUACUACCUGGACCCUGAAAAACGCUGGGUCCCUGGAAAGCUGUCCUUAACAUCACACUCCUUGAAGUUCACAGCUGACAGAACUGGUGAAAUUCUGGUUGGCUUUCCCCUUGCCAGCAUCAUUGAGAUGAAGAAGGAGGCUUCCCGUUUCAUCUUCAGUUCCAUCACCAUCCUGGAAAAAAACCAUGCCAAGCACUGGUUCAGCUCCUUGCAGCCAAACCGGAAUGUAGUCUUUACCAUCAUUGAGCAUUUCUGGAGGGAGCUGCUGCUGUCCCAGCCAGGAGCUCCUGUGGAGGCCAUGUUUUCCCCCUUGACCCGGGGAAAGGAGCUCACCGGAAUGAUGGCUGUGUCCCAGAAACGACUGGAAGACACUGCAAAGGUCCUUCACCACCAGGGGGAGCAGCUGAGCAACGCCAUGAGGAGUCUGGAGAAGAUGGAAUCAGACUUGGAUGUGGCUGACAGAUUACUGACAGAAUUGGAAUCUCCUUCCUGGUGGCCCUUUAGCCCCAAGUUUUGGAAGAUGCCAUCAGAACCAAAACCUAGGGAGGGCUCCUCAGCAGCUACCUGUGAACCUUUUGGAAAAGAAAGGAUUCUGAUUGUAAUUCCUGGUAUUAUUUCUGGAAGAACAGAGUCCCACACUAAACCAGGAAGGCUCACCAUCCUUAUUUCUGGAUUGGAAAUCCAUGACUCCAAUUCUUUGCUACUGCACCGAUUUGAAAGAGAAGACAUUGAUGACAUUAAGGUUCAUUCACCUUAUGAGAUUAGCAUACGUCAACGCUUCAUUGGAAAGCCAGAUGUGGUUUAUCGUGUGCUAUCUGCCAAGAUGCCAAAAGUUGUUCCCAUUCUAGAAGUUCAGUUCAGCAAGAGGAUUGAGCUAUUAGAAGAUGCCUUCAUGUUCAGAACCACAGGAGUGUCUUCCUCUGCAGAGAAGAGCUGCUCUGUGUGGCACACAGCCAGGACUAUUAAUACAUACUCUGGAAAAUCUCCCUUCCCUCCACUGCACUCAACCUCAUACCAUGUCCUUCCACCCACUGUCCAGAUAUGUACUUAGGGAGCCUGUGUCUCAGCAGACUGUGAGUGCAAUAUGUGAGUAUUGGUGGGAUGGAAGGAUGUGGUGGUUCAUCUCCCCAUGUGCAGUGCAGGGUUAGACCCUGCUGUCAGAAACUGUACCAGUCUGCUCUGCCCCAUAGCCUACAGAAGAAUUGACAUCAUGUUACUUUGUAUGUUUGCUGUUCUAAUGAAUAUCGAGAGGUACCUGUCUGAUAUUUUAACUUCAAUUCCUUUGAACAGUUAGGAUAUGGAGGAGCUAUUUUUAACUCAUUUUUGGCCACUCAGACUUGGUUCUGUGGAGUGCCUGUACUCUCCAUUGCAGAACUUUCAUUUUGCUGUGGUAAAAUCUACCAUUUAUUCCCUUAAAUUUGUUUGUCAACCUUGAUUAAGAAAGUCCAAGUUCAAAGAAUACAUUGCUUCAUAGUAUAGAUGCUGUAGCUGAUACAUAUAUACAUAUGAUGCAUGCUAACAUCCCUGAAUGUCUGCAGAAUAGUUCCAGGAUGCCUGUGUUUAGCAAGACCCUCAGGUGUUCAAGUCUGUAAUAGAAAUACCAGGUGUUUGUUCAUAGCCUGUGCAUAUCCACCCACAGACAUGAGCUCAGCUCUGCAGUGCUUAGAACACCCAGUACAGCCUACAUGCUGUGACAGUAGUUACCCUGUAUUGGUUAAGGACUAAAUGACAAGGGGAAAAAGUCUUAGAUAGUCAGUACAGAAGAAAUUGCUUUUUCUGAAAAGGAACCUUCAGAAAUAGAGGGCUGACUACACAAAAGUAGUUCAAAAACUUUGUGGAAAGUUGGACUAGAACAUAAGUUUAUUUUGGUGUAAAAAUACUUUGAAAUGUGUGCAUAUACGGAGUCUUUAAAAAUUUCGUAGGAGGACAUGGCACAAUAGCCUAGUGCCUAAAGUCCUCACCUUGUAUCCACCAGGAUCCAGUGUGGGCACUGAUUCGUGUCCCAGA